AUGAAGAUGCUAGCUUUAAAAUACUCCCAUCACCACCCCGCUCAUUCAAUGAUCUUAAGCACCAAAGACGAUGCUUGGAAAGAUUACUUUUCGCCCCAAGAACUCCAUCAAAUCAACACGCUGAACCCUAUCGAACUUCCAUCGCUACCUGCUUCCCUCAAGGAAUACUUUUUGUCGUAUCAAAGAAAGAAAACAUUGGAUCAGCUUUUGGAGCAUCGCAAACGACACGACUUCAAUCCAAGAACCCAACCUGACUUGUAUUGGGCUCAGAAGUCGAUUAUCCAUGCAACAGAUCUUUUUUUGUACCAGCAAUUACCUGCGACCUAUGAUACUGAAAAAGGUCAACUCAACAGGAAAGUGGUUGGCACAAAAGUUGACCUUAUCAUCAAGCAAGGAAACUUAGAAUAUGGUUGCAUGGAAGCUGGUUGUUCAGACGAUCCAUUGAACACCAAAGGCGUAGACGAGGGUAGAUUGAAACUUCCAAGGACUUUGAAGGAUAUUUUGUGUCGUUUGACGAAGGAGGCACCGGGAAAAAUGAACGAUAUCAAGGUUGCAGGUUUGGUCAUUUCUGGCAUCAACAUCACGUUGUACAUCGAAGACUGUCCUGCUGGUUCAGUGACAAGGUUAAAAAGUAUUGGUCCUUACGAGUUUCGCGGAUCUGUCGAAAAAUUCGCAAAGAAAUUCAUUCCGCUCCUUGCUCUGGUUGUUUGGCAAACCAAAGUUAUCAUGAAAAAUAUGCUACAAAUUAUAAAUGCCGGUGAAGAAAUCAUUUUUCCAUCGAUCGACGGCCCAGAACCCCCACAAAUUCCACCUUGCAUGCCAUCUCCAAAACUUGGCACAAAAAGAAAACACAACCAAGUCGACUAUCUAAAUAAUUAA